UUCGCUUUCAAACUAGCACGACCCCGUGUCAUCCCUAAAUCACGCAAGUAGUCUCAAGAGUCCCAACCCCUAACAAGAAACUACUAUAAAGGAAAACACAUCAAACAAAUUCAUGCUAUUCAAAGAAGAUCUGGACGGCAGUGACUCCGAGUGAUAUGAAUGCUCUCUCAAAAUGCGACGCCAUUACCAUCCUCGAAGCUCUCUCUUCACUGCAUUACAUCAAGCAUUCAUCAAAAACCAUUCCCUUCAUAAAUCAACGGAUUCAAUCAAACUCUUCCAAUUUUCUGCUGCUCAAUUCAUCACCAAUUUGUCUUUAAUUCCAUCAUUCUCCAGAAAGUUUAGCUCUAACCCUUACAAUCCUAAUCUUUCUCCUGAUAGUAAAGAGAUUAUUAAUGGGUUGAUUUCAAUAUUUACCCAGAAUCGUUUUGAGGCCAAUAACAGCAAAGAACUGAGUCAACUGGGUUGCAGACUCACCCCUGAAAUCGUUGAAGCUGUGUUGAAGGGCAUUAGGAAUUGGAAAGUUGCGUACAGAUUCUUCACUUGGGCGAAAACCCAGAAAGGUUAUUUUCAUAAUUGUUAUACUUUUAAUGCUAUGGCUUCAAUCCUAUUAGGUGUUCGACAAAAUGCCCCAAUGAAAGCUUUAGCUUUAGAAUUGAUUGAUUCUCGUUGUUUUAUGUCUCCUGGGGCAUUGGGGUUUUUUAUUAGGUGUCUGGGAAGAGUAGGAUUGGUAGAAGAAGCUAAUUUGUUGUUUGAUCGAGUUAGGGAGAUGGGUCUUUGUGUUCCUAAUAAUUAUAGCUAUAAUUGUUUGUUAGAGACCAUAGGUAAAUCGAACUUGUGUGUUCUAGCUGAAAAGAGAUUGAAUGAAAUGCAGAGUUUUGGGUGGAUGGUUGAUAAGUAUACGAUGACUCCGGUUCUCCAGGUUUAUUGCAAUGCUAGGGAGUUUGAUAAGGCUUUGAUUGUUUUUAACCAAAUGCUUGAAAGAGGAUUGGUUGACUCCCAUAUAAUGUCAAUCUUAGCUGUGUCUUUCAGUAAGUGGGGGGAGGUGGAUAGGGCAUUUGAGCUGAUUGAAAAGAUGGAAGAUUGUAAUUUGAGAUUGAAUGAGAAGACAUUUUAUGUAUUAAUACAUGGGUUUGUAUCUAAUUUCAAAGUUGAUAAGGCCCUUCAACUGUAUGAAAAAAUGCGUGGAUCAGGGAUUUUAGUUGAUAUUGGUGUCUAUGAUGUGCUGAUUGGAGGUCUUUGCAAGAUUAAAAAGCCUCAGAGAGCUUUAAGUUUGUUUUCAGAAAUAAAAGAUUCUGGAAUUUCUCCUGAUGUUGGUAUACUCACAAAGCUUCUAUCUUUCACUGAUGAAGAGGAGACAAUGGCACAAUUACUUGAGGAAAACGGAGAGUGUCUUGAUAAUGAAUCAGUGAAAUUGGUUUAUAAUUCUGUUUUGAAUGGUCUUGUUUGCAUUGGUUUUAUUGAUAGAGCCCUCGAGUUGGUGAAAAUGAUGAUAGAGGAAAAACCUCAGUAUGGUAGUAGGUUAGAGAAGUUUUUCAAGCUUAAAGGAAUUAAUUGCUUGGACUCAUCUUCGUUUAGUAUAAUCAUUAAUGCUCUAUGCCAAAAUAGCAGAUUGGACGAAGCACUUCAGCUCUUUGGAGCUAUGGCGAAAUUUGGCUGCCAAAAGGAUACACUCUUGUACAACAAUUUAAUCGAUGCUUUAAGCAAUGCUGAUAGAGUAAUUGACAGUCUUAAACUCUUGGAAGAGAUGAAGCAAUCAGGAAUUGGGCCAACUCAUUUCACCUACAACUCCAUAUAUGGGUAUUUUUGUAGAAAAGGGGAUGUCAUUGGAGCUACAAGUAUAGUGAAAGAGAUGUGUGUUUACCGCCAUCAACCAUGGAUAAAGAAUUCUACGACACUUGUUAAACAGCUGUGUAGACAUGGGAGAGCAGUGGAAGCUUCUAAAUUUCUUGCUAAAUUGGUGGAAGAAGGUCUUGUUCUGCAUGUAGUUCCAUAUUCUGCUGCUAUUGAUGGUUUUUUCAAACUUCACGAAGUUGACCGUGCUCUGGAGUUGUUUCGUUAUAUAUAUUCCCGUGGUUACAGACCUGAUGUAGUCACCUACAAUAUUUUGAUUAAUGGCCUCUGUAAAGCAAAUAGAAUGUCAGAAGCUGAGAACAUGUUGAAAGAUAUGCUUGCUCAGGGACUUAUCCCAUCAACUGUAACCUAUAACUCUCUUAUUGACGGAUGGUGCAAGAUUGGUAAUGUAGAUCAGGCUAUCAUUUGCUAUUCCAAAAUGGGCGAAGAAGACAGGGAACCCAGUGUCAUAACCUAUACAACUUUAAUAGAUGGGCUAUGCAAUGCUGGGCGGCCUCACGAUGCGCUUAAGCUUUGGAAUCAAAUGGAGAUAAAAGCAUGUUGCCCCAAUAGAAUUGCUUUCAUGGCUUUAAUCAGUGGCCUCUCCAAGAAUGGCAUGCCUGAUACGGCCCUAUCUUAUCUCUGUGAAAUGGAGAAAAAGGAAAUGAGUGCUGACAUUUUUGUUUAUAUAGCUUUGUUGGAUUCUUGUAUGUUGAACAAGAACCAUAUCUUGGCUUUGGACAUAUUGAAGAAGAUUGUUGAAAAAAGAAUGUUUCCAGACCCUGUAGAUAAAAAUUAUGCAGUUGUAAGAAAUGCAAUAGCCAAACUGUGUGAUGAUCCUUCUACUUCUUGCAAUGUUAAUACUCUCCUUGCGAAAGGUGGCAUCUCCAACGGUUCCUUGAAUUGGGGUGAAGAGUGAGGCUGGGGAGAAUCCCAUUAUUUGUUUGGAAGCUGAUGCAUGAGUUUAAGCCAAUAUUUAAUUAAAUUUUAGGCCUAAGACCAUCAGCAUCGGAUAACAAUUUGAAAGCUUCAUGCUAUGAGAACUGUGAAUUUAGAGCAUUCCCAUCCUUCUUACAUGGAGAAGGUUGUUGACUUCAAUCAUCACCUGGCAAUUUUUUGUAAUGACUUCGAGUAUUGCCAUAUCUCCAACACAGGGUAACUACUUCGAGAAUUUCAUGAAAGUUCAAUAACUAUGGAGAAGCAAUCGAUUUUCUGGUUUUACAAUAUCUCAUGAUAAGAGAGAAACUAAUCUUUCCACCAUGAUUGUUCGCAAUUCUUGGUGCACUUCUUCUUCACUACUCAAUGUCAUGGGUAAACUAUCCCAUGAAUACCAAGGAAAUGGUUAACUUACGACCACGAACAUCUUUGGACAUUCUCUCCACUGAAUUGCUGAUCGUUGAUAGAGAUGUAUACUUUAGAUUAUUGAGCUAUGUUGCAAGUAUUAAGACAGUUCAUUCAAGGGAAGUGUUGCAAGUAAAGAGAAACAGAGGAAGUAUCUAAUAUUGAGUAUUGACCCUUCUUUCUCACUUUGGGAUCCAAGGAAGAACCUACUGGGGGAGCUUGCUUUACUUUGACCUUCUUGAACUACCACAGCAUUGACAAAGGGAUUAAUCGCAUUUGUGGGAUUGUGUAUGAGAUUUAUGAGCAUCUUGGCAUUCCUCAUAUCAUCCACUGGAGCGGUUCAUUCUACAUGUCAUUGUACGAUUUUGGUAUAGGAUUUGUCUUGCAGUGUGUAGGUUGAGUAGUUUGUAUAAAAAAUGGUACAUAUAUGAAGUAUUACAGUUGAUUACAAGGGUUCAAGGCCGUUCAACGAUUGUUCACAAUAUCAUCUGCAGUCAUUUGCUUGUACAUACAUGUUUGUAAGUUUGUAUUGGCCUAUGUGCUCUCUGAUAACAAGGAUAGAUUUUAUCAAAUAGCACCUUAAGAUUUUAUCUUCCCUCUCAUUUAUGUAAUGGGUUCUUUAAAUC